GUGCCCUCGAGUUCUCCAAGCACGUACAAAUUUUGCGCUACUCAAUGUCAUGCUCAGAAGUUUCUUGUUGACGUUAAAGUGAACUUCAAGCAGUCCAGUGUUUCUUAUCUUGCCUUUUAUAUUGGUAAGUUUCUUCAACGUGGUUGGACUGGACCAAUGAAAUAAUUAUUUCAUUAUAACAAAAUUAACUUUAGUUCUAACCUCACAUUAACGUUCAUAGUUCGGUUGCUUAAUGGAUGUAAAAAUUGGCAAACCGAGAGAAAAGCCUUCAUACUACGGUGGGGAUAAAGUUGACGCUGACGAUGAAGAAUCUCAGAAGCUUUGUAUCAAUGAUUGUCGACAAAAGCAGGCAGCAUUGUACCCUCCCUUUUUGUUUAAAUCAUCGUCGGCACAGUUACUUCUCGCACCUCCAGAUGCAAGUGAACUUCUUGUUAUAACUGAUCAAAGUAGAACUCAUCUGCAUAUACAGCAAAAUUUAGAUGAACUUUCACUCAAAACAUGUGAAAAGUACAAUAACUCUCAUCACUCAGACAUCUCCAAUCCUACUGAAGUCGAUUUGGUUGUUUGCAAACUAAAUAAUCUCAGUAUUCCAUCGUUUCCUCAAAAUUUGUCUUCUGAAGUUUCAAUGUUCCGGUCUCAUGGACUUCCUUUACUUGUUUGGCCUAAAUCAGCUGAUAAAAUACUGAUUCAAAAGUAUUUAAAUGAUAACUAUCCGGAUUGUGGUCGUUGGUUUAGUGAACUAGAUAAAGUAACCGGCUGGUUAGAACAGAAAUGGAGGCCAUUAACACGAAACUUGGGCAUAGGUAAUAAUGAUGAUAAUUGGAUCAAAUUGGAUAAGAAUAUAUGCAUUCGUGGUCUUCCCUCGGAUUGUGUUGCUGUAACUUAUUUGAAAAAACGUUCAAUACAAUAUGAAAAAUAUGCCAGUUUACUAAAAACUUACUUUACUCAUCGUCUACAAUUUACACCAGCUUUUCAUCAUAAUCCUAUACAUAGAGAACUUGAAGAACAUUACAAGGAAAGACUCGGUUGUUUAAGUGAAGAUGCUGGUUAUUUUAAUGUUAUUGGAAAUCGUCUCAUUCAAGUGAUUAAUAAAGCUUUAUCAUCUGGCAGACCGUAUUCUCUUAAUCCAAUUACUUUCACUUCUUCUAUCAGUGAUUUAAGUAUGAGAGAACAAUGUUUACAUGCCUUACUACCUGGCAAUGAAGUGAAGAAUACCAGAAACCAGAAGAGGAAAUCCACUAACGAACUGCGUAGAAUCGAUGAUCUUUCCAAUACUGAUAGUCAAUCUGAUGUCGACAGUGACGGAAGCAUUUCAGAAGUCGACGAUGAUAGUGAUCAGUUUUUAGCGCCUAAUAAAAAGGACACAGUUUAUCCGAAAGCAGCUGAUCAGUCCUCACGUGAUCUACCAAAUCGACCAAUAAGCAAAGAGGUUAGCUGGAAUCAUUUGUAAUUUUUUUCAUUACUUGAUGUCUCAAUGGAAUCUUUUCGUAUAAAAUCCUGACGAUAAGUAUAAGCGGGACUCCCCAACCGUUUACUUUUCCAGUGUGAACUUGUGAUACUAUUCAUUCCCAUAAAUUGAAGUUGAUAUAACAGGGGAUUCAAAAUAUUUGGCGACUGUAUUCAGUGGUUUUCACGAUAACUUUUCACCUCAAAAUAAUUCAAGAGAAUGUAAUCAAAUCAAUUUCCUCAGCGAUUAGAUGCGAAUUCUUUUGUAUUAUCUUCAUUUCAGAAAAUCGAUAUUCUCCAUGAUAAUGAUUGACUGUUUGUUUAGUUAUAAUUGUAAUAGUCCGACAGGCAUUCGGUGAGUUAUGUAUUUUCCUGUCCUUAUUACUAUUAUUAUGGAGAGUUCGGUCUCUUCAUGGUAGAAUGAGCAAUAGCAAUAGUACUAAAUGUGAUAAUAGUAUUGCUAAUGUUGGUAGCUCAUGAUAUUUUUUCCUGUUUCGUCUAUUCAUUUCUGAUCCAUCAUAUCUUGUUCACUCCAAUCGGACAGUUCUUGAUCUGUCACACUUUAUUUCAUAAUAUUCUACUACAUUUUGUGUCUUUUCCCAGCCAGUUUUAUCUUUUUCUCCUUUUGCGCCAGUUUGAUGUGAGGUCUUUUCUUUCUUUCUCCAGAUAAUGAAAAAUAAAGGCAUUGUAAAAUAUCGACAUAAACGUGAACGUAAUCCUAGAGUGCAUUUACGGCAUAAAUUCCGUAAGGCAACAAUUCGUUACAGAUCACGUGUUGCGCCGGUUCGUAAAGAAGACAAACCAUAUGCUGGUGAAGUUAAAGGAAUACGUGUAAAUUUGAUUAAAUCGCACAAAUUCAAAAAAUAUUAAUACAGUUUCUAACACAUUCA